GGCGGCGAGACCUGGGCGGGGCGGCCGGGCGUUCCGGGGAGCUGCAGCGGCAGCCUGAGCGCAGCAGCCGGCCUCUCCCACCGCAGCCCGCCCGCCGCCACCCCGCACAAUGGCGGGGAGCAGCUCGCUGGAGGCGGUGCGGAGGAAAAUCCGGAGCCUGCAGGAGCAGGCGGACGCCGCGGAGGAGCGCGCGGGCAGCCUGCAGCGCGAGCUGGACUACGAGAGGAAGCUGAGGGAGACCGCUGAAGCUGAUGUAGCUUCUCUGAACAGACGCAUCCAGCUGGUUGAGGAAGAGUUGGAUCGAGCCCAAGAGCGUCUGGCAACAGCUUUGCAGAAACUAGAGGAGGCUGAGAAGGCAGCAGAUGAGAGUGAGAGAGGUAUGAAAGUCAUUGAGAGCCGAGCCCAAAAGGAUGAGGAGAAAAUGGAAAUUCAGGAGAUCCAACUGAAGGAGGCCAAGCACAUUGCUGAGGAUGCCGACCGCAAGUAUGAAGAGGUUGCCCGUAAACUGGUCAUCAUUGAGAGUGACCUGGAGCGUGCAGAGGAGCGGGCCGAGCUCUCAGAAGGCCAAGUUCGACAGCUGGAAGAACAAUUAAGAAUAAUGGAUCAGACCUUGAAAGCAUUAAUGGCUGCAGAGGAUAAGUACUCUCAGAAGGAAGACAAAUAUGAGGAAGAGAUCAAGGUCCUUUCUGACAAGCUGAAGGAGGCUGAGACUCGGGCUGAGUUUGCGGAGAGGUCAGUAACUAAAUUGGAGAAAAGCAUUGAUGACUUAGAAGAUCAACUCUACCAGCAACUUGAGCAAAACCGCCGCCUAACUAACCAACUAAAGCUGGCCCUGAAUGAGGAUUAAACUUAAGUGGGAAAGAAUUUGGGCUGAAUUCUAGGAAUGGAGCCCAUGGGCAGAAAAUCUAAGACUGACUGUCAUACCUUCAACUAUAGGGUUGAAAUCAGUUGCUUUUGGCCAAAAUGUACAUGAAAUGAUUGAGCUGAAAGGCUGGCUGGCCUUGCCUACAAUUUCCUCGUAUAUCUGAAAUAAUUCAGUUCUCUUUAAUCCCAAAAGCUUUAUGGUAAAAUGUAUACAUUACGUAUAUAAAUAAAUACAACAAACAAUUCACUCCUCUUUGCAACAGUAGGUCCUCUUGUUUGAAUUAAUACAUAAUGAAGACCCCUCCCAAAAAAUGUUUUCUAUUGCCUACAGAGAACUGAGUCCUGCUUUAAGUUAGAAAGCCAAAGCAGAGGGGUGUGUAUGUGUAUAACUAUAUAUAUAUAUUAUAUAUGGAUGUAAUAUAUAUAAUAUGUAUAUAUGUAUCCCUAUUACAUAUUCAUAUUCCUACCUUCUUAAUACCUGGUAUAGUGUUUGAAAUAUGAUUAAAUGUACCUAUGCUUGGGCAAAAUAGCUUUUGAAAACAGGAGCUCAUGUCAGAAGUCCCUGAUUGUCUAAAAGGUAUGCUUUUAUUCAGUCUAACUGUGUUGUUGGAAUCUGGUGAGAAUGUCAUGCUGAUAAUAAAUAGAACACUAAGAGUAGUAAGAGAAUGUCCUACUGAAGUGUGCAUGAAACAUGUUGAUAUUUUUUUUUAAUGAGCAACAGAAAUAAAUCAUUUCAAAAGUUAUCAGAAAACCUA